UUAACUCAGGAAAACCAAUCAAUGAUUUGCACAUGUUUGGAUCGGCCUAAACAGGCUGCUAUGAUAUUAGUUACUGGAAAUUAAUUGAAAAAUGCAUCCUGUUUGAAGUCCCAGUGCUAGGCAUCAUUAUUAACUUCUAGUUUAGCACUGGUGAACAGGUCUGCAGCAACAAAAAUUCUGUGAUUGAUAUCUCUGAGGUCCCUACAUUACAAUUUGGCUACAUCUGUCCAUUAUUUUACUUUUUCUUCUAAGACAGAUCUUAGGCAGCAUAAUAUAUGACGUUCCAGGAAUUUUAUUUUGGUUGGGAGAGGUGGCUGAAAGAGAAUGAUUAGUUCCAGGAAAAGGUACUUCUGCUUUUUAUAUGCAUGUAUAGCUCCUUUAUUAUCAAAGAUCAGUUAUAGCAUAAUUCUACCAGAUCAGAAUGGACAGAAGAUUGUUUGAUGCUGCUCAGACUAGAAACAUUGACAGCUUGCACCAAUUGCUGAGAGAAAAUGCCCUCCUCCUUGAUCAAAUUGCACUUUUUUCUUCUGAAAUUCCCUUGCACAUAGCUUACACUGCUGGGAAAUUUGACUUUGUCAAGGAGAUUAUCAAUUUGAAACCUGAUUUGGCCAAAGAGGUUAACCAAAAUGGUUUUAGCUUCAUGCACAUGGCAGUUGUCAGCGGGCACCUAGAGAUUGUUAGCGAGCUAAUGAAAGUUGAUCCCUCUCUUUGCCGAUUCCAGCAGGGAACUCAUGACAUGAAAACUCCUUUUCAAUUUGCAUCCAUCAAAGGGAGGGCAAAUGAAAUAAAUGAAAUGCUUUCAGGUUGUGCUGAGUGUAUUGAAGAUGUGACACUUCAAAAAGAGACUGCCUUGCAACUUGCUGUUAAGUGCUGCCAGUUUGAAGCAGUUAGUGUCCUAGUUCAUUGGAUAGGGUUCUCAACCUCUCUUUACAUGAUCAAAAUCCUCACCAGCAAAUUUCCCUUGGAGUUCGAGCUUGGUAUGUGUAUACUGGCCAUGUUUUUCUCGUACAACACUGCAUUAACAUACAUUUCUGCAGACGAUGUGACGGUGGUGGUCAUUAUUAUCACUGCAAUCUUAUCUUCAAUUACACCACUUUUGAGCAAGUGGAUACAAAGAUUGAUAGGGUGGAUUAUAAAGUUUACGGUGGAAAAUAUCCAUAACAUCAUUUGAACUUUGAAGUAUGGAAUGCCAGUAAUUUCAUGAAAGGCUGUAAAUACUUACAUCCUUUGCUUCUUACUAGCCAAAGAACGGUAAUAUGGAAGAAAGUGAAGUGCAUCCUCACACUAU